GGGGGACUAUGGGGCCAAUGAGGGCUAAUGGUGAUAAAUGGGUAAAACUGGGGGGGGGGGGGUCAAUGGUGGAGAAGGAUCUGGGGUGUCAAUGGUGGGGAAGGAUCUGGGGGGUCAAUGGUGGAGAAGGAUCUGGGAAGUCAAUGGUGGAGAAGGAUCUGGGGGGGUCAAUGGUGGAGAAGGAUCUGGGGGUCAAUGGUGGAGAAGGAUCUGGGGGGUCAAUGGGAGGAGAAGGAUCUUGGGGGGGUCAAUGGUGGAGAAGGAUCUGGGAGGGUCAAUGGUGGAGAAGGAUCUGGGGGGUCAAUGGUGGAGAAGGGAACUGGGGGGGUCAUGGUGAAGAAGGAUCUGGGGGGUCAAUGGUGGAGAAGGGAUCC